AUGGCUUUAGUGGCCCCCUAUAGUGUGGAAGCGUACAAUAGCCUGCCGCACCUCCUCGAUGCCCAUCAAAACUUUGUGAAUGCGGACCCUAUGGAACUGUUGCACAACGAAAUCGGCGAGCUCUUCUAUAAGCACGAUGUUUACAGGGACCUCGCGGUGUGUCUUCUCCACCGACACUUCCCGAUGACGGACGGAGAGAAGCUUGUCGAAUUCGGGAGUGUCGCAUCUCCCUGGUCUUACCGUCAGCAAGACACCGACCUCAUGGGCGGUAGGGUCAAGGCACGGAGCUGGAUGUUCCGUAAAGGCCGACUGCUUGCUUACGAGUUCGGCUAUGACAAUACUCGGUCUGGUUCCACUUAUGGUGACCUUCCAGAGAAGCCGGCUUUCUACCUCGAGUUCGGCCAACUCCUGGAGAGAAACCACCUAGAAGAUAUUCUCGGGCUUACCUUACUCGGAGACGGGCUUCAACCUGGAACUAUGAAGCUAGAAAAGACGUUUGGCAACACCAAUGUCAUGUUCGUGGUUGCCGAGGAAGACUGGGAUCAGGGAAAGGAAUCUAUCAUUGCACAGUGGGAAUACAAGGAGGACGGGAAAGGGGCAACGAUGCCAGUCAGAAAGUAA